AUGGCAGGCACUGAGAUCUCUGUCCCUCCUGAGCAGUUUACCAAAAUCAAAGCACUGGAGCUGAUCCCAGAAGUCCUAUUAGAGGAGGAGGAAGAUGGAGGGUGCAGAGGGAGGGAGCCCCCGGGCCCCGGAGACGUGCAGGCCCCAGGCCCCUACGGGCCCCUCCAGGCCAAGGUGCCAGAGGGAGAGCAAGAACCGCCACUCACCACGGAGGAGAGCGAGAAGCACAUUCUGACCCUGCAGACGGUGCCCUUCUCCGAAGACGUGCAGCUGCAGGACAUCAGCUGGCUCAGCCCGCAGCCCCAGGAAGGCCUGCAGGUGAUGGUCCAGCAGGCCGGCGGCGGGCUGCAGUCUCUGCUGUGGCUGGGCGAGGGGACCCAGCAGUGCGUCGCCGUGAGCAUCCAGGAGGAGGUGAUGGAGCUGCACGUUCUGGAAGGCAGCAUGGCCGUGGCCAGUGAAGAGAGUAAGUUUGUGGUGAGCCUGGCUGAAGGCGCUGGAUUGCUAAAGCUUGAGAAAGGUCAGGAGGAGGACCAGCUACUGGCUGAAGGAGGAUUCGAUCUGCAGGUGGGAGAGCAGCUCUUUUUUGUGGAAGCGAAGCCUGGAGAUGAAGGAAGAGACGAAAUUGUGCUGACCAUUUCAGACUUAAACGUGGAAGAGCAAGAAGAUAAACCUGCAUCAAGUCAAGGACAUGUUGAGAAAGCCACCUCUACAAAAAACCCAAAAAAGACGAAGGAAAUAAAACGAACCUUCCACUGUGAUAUCUGCAUGUUCACCUCUUCUAGAAUUUCGAGUUUUAAUCGUCAUAUGAAAACUCACACCGCUGAAAAGCCCCAUAUGUGCCACCUUUGCCUGAAAGCCUUCCGCACCGUCACUCUUCUGCGGAAUCAUGUCAACACCCACACAGGAACCAGACCCUACAAGUGUGGUGACUGUGACAUGGCGUUUGUUACCAGUGGAGAACUUGUCCGACACAGACGUUAUAAACACACUCACGAGAAACCCUUUAAGUGUUCCAUGUGCAAGUACGCCAGUGUGGAAGUAAGUUCACUCAUGUACUUAAAGCUUCAUGGUGCUCUUAGUAAGAAGUUGAUGUGA